GCUUGUGUAAUUACAUCGCUGCUGGUGCCGAAGCUCAGAAGGAGUUGUGAAGUUGCAAGUCGUGCUGACGGUGCGCAUUUCCGCAGCGUCGCCUCGCUCGCCAGCAUGGCACCGCAGCCGGAGGCCCAGUAUCGGGUAGAUCCCGAUGGCGUGGCGGUCAUCACGCUCAACUACCCGCCGCUGAACGCGCUGCAUCCGCUGCUGCUGCGCUCGCUGUUUGAGGCGCUGCGCCGCGCGCACGCCGACCCGGCGGUGAAGGCGGUGGUGCUCACCGGCGCAAACAACAACUUCUGCGCCGGCUUUGACAUCAGCCAGUUCCAGAACCCGGACGCCGGCAGCGGCGGCGGCAUCGACAACUCCAUCAACGAUGCCAUCUGCAAGUACCUGGAGGGCGGCGCCAAGCCCGUGGUGGCGGCCGUGCAGGGCGUGGCGCUGGGCGGGGGGCUGGAGGUGGCCAUGGGGUGCAACGCCCGUGUGGCGGUGCGCGGCACCAAGCUGGGUCUGCCGGAGCUGACGCUGGGCAUCAUCCCGGGCUUUGGCGGCACGCAGCGGCUGCCGCGCCUGGUGGGGCUGGCCAAGGGCUGCGAGAUGAUGCUGACCAGCGCGCCCAUCAAGGCCGAGGCCGGCCUGAAGCUGGGUCUGGUGGACGUGUUGGCGCCCGACGCCGCGGGCCUGAUGCCGGCGGCGCGCGCCCUGGCGCUGGACAUUGCGGCGGGGCGGCGGCCGCGCAUGUACAGCCUCACCCGCACAGACAAGCUGCCCCCCCUGGGCGAGGCCCUGGCGCUGCUGGACAUGGCGCGCGCCGAGGCCGGCCGCCGCGCCCGCGGCCUGGCGCACCCGCAGCUGUGCCUGGACGCGGUGCAGGCGGGCGUGGAGCGGGGCGGGCAGGAGGGGCUGGCGGCGGAGGGCCGCGCCUUCGCGGCGGCCGCCGCGCUGGACACGCACAAGGCGCUGGUGCACAUCUUCUUUGCGCAGCGGGCCACCAAGAAGGUCAAGGGCGUCACGGACGUGCCGGGCCUGAAGCCCCGCCCCAUCCGCUGCGUGGCGGUGCUGGGCGGCGGCCUGAUGGGCAGCGGCAUCGCCACGGCGCUGGCGCUGGCGGGUGUGGAGGUGAUCCUCAAGGAGGUCAGCCAGCAGUUCUUGGACGGAGGCAUGGCGCGCAUCAAGGCCAACGUGGCCAGCAGGGUGAAGAAGGGCGCCAUGAGCCAGGCCGCCGCGGACGCCGCGCUGGGCCGUGUGAGCGGCGCGCUGGACUACGCCGGCUUUGCGCGGGCGGACAUGGUGAUUGAGGCGGUCAUCGAGGACAUCCCGCUCAAGCAGAAGAUCUUUGCGGACCUGGAGAAGGCCUGCCGCCCCGACGCCAUCCUCUCCACCAACACCUCGACCAUCGACAUUGAGCUGGUGGGGGCCAAGAUGUCGGGCGGCGCGGCGGCGCGGCGGCGGCUGCUGGGCGCGCACUUCUUCAGCCCGGCGCACAUCAUGCCGCUGCUGGAGAUCGUGAGGACCAAGGACACCGGCGCCCAGGAGCUGCUGGACACGCUGGCGCUGUCCUCCGCCAUCAAGAAGACGCCGGUGGUGGUGGGCAACUGCACGGGCUUUGCGGUGAACCGCGUGUUCUUCCCCUACACCAUGUCGGCCGUCAUGCUGGCGGACCUGGGGCUGGACCCCUACCGCGUGGACGCCGCGGUGGCGGGGCGCUUCGGCAUGCCCAUGGGCCCCUUCAGGCUGAACGACCUGGUGGGCAGCGACAUUGGGCUGCACGUGGGCGCCAACUUCGUCACCUCGUUCCCGGACCGCGUCUACGUGUCGCGCCUCAUCCCCGCGCUCAACGAGGCCAAGCGGCUGGGCGAGAAGACCGGCAAGGGCUUCUACAAGUUUGACGCCAAGACGCGCAAGGCCAGCCCCGACCCCGAGGGCCUGGCGCCGCUGCUGGAGGGCAGCCGGCGCGAGGCCGCCCUGGUGCCGGCGGGCGCCAAGCCGCCGGCGCUGAGCGACCAGGACAUCCUGGACUGGAUCUUCUUCCCGGUUGUGAACGAGGGCUGCCGGGUGGUGGCGGAGGGCAUUGUGGACAAGGCCGCCGACCUGGACGUGGCCAGCGUCAUGGCCAUGGGCUUCCCGCCCGUGCGGGGCGGCCUGAUCUUCUGGGCUGACCUGGUGGGGGCGCCGCGCAUCGUGGCCCGCCUGAAGCAGUUUGCGGCCAUGGUGCCGCCGCAGCACGCCGGCUUCUUCGCACCCUGCGACUACCUGCUGCAGGCCGCGGCGUCCGGCCGCAAGCUCAGCGCCGGGCCGCCCGCCGCAGCCAAGCUGUAGAGGAGGCUCUGUGGAGGAGGGGCGAUGGAGAGGAGCUGUGGAGGGGGCUGGCGGGGCGAGUGGUGGUGGAGGAGGGGCGGGUGCAGAUGAGGCCGAUAGUGUGUUGACUGUGGUGUUGUGGUGUUUGCUCAGGCGUGUCAGUCCGGUGCGGUCCGAGGUUCAAACCGUGUGUUUGAAUCCCGGACGCGGAGCUAUGUGUGGAAAGGCGUGAGCUGGUCGAUCACUCGAUUGUCUGCCGCAGCGACGUACAUGCAGUAGUAUUUGUGUGUGGCAAUGUGUGCAGCUGCGUGCAAUUGACCCGUGUGUGCAGUAUGGUACAUUGUUUUCUUUGAAGCAGCAGUGUGAGGCGAGUUUGGACAAGUGAUGUCUUAUUGACAUUGGGUGACCAACUUGCCACGACAGGCCGGAAUGGUGCCAGAAAGGUGCACACGCAUGGGGGCGGCCCCGCAGCUCCCCAGACCCCAGCCGCACAUUGCGGAGGAGCGCCCGCAGGCCGCUGGGCCCCCCUGAUGCCGCACGCGCCUACCGCGUGGAACGGGGGUAGUGUUCACUUCAAAAGCCUAGAGGUCCGACAUGUGUAAGCUAUGCAGAUA